AUGGCCACGACUAUUCUCCUCUUUGGAGACCAGACAGACCCGUGGGUUGCUGGCAUUGAGCAGCUCCAGAAGGCCGCUAGCUCAACACCAUGGUUACAAUUAUUCUUAGACGAGCUAGCCGACGUUAUCAAAACGGAAGUUAAGGCUACUACCAUCGAUGCCAAACUACAACAUGCCCUAGGCAAUUUCUCGAGCCUUCAAGAACUCGGCGAAAAAUACCGCAACAUUACCGAUGAACUGGGCGUGGUGCGAACUCUCCUGCUUCAUACCGUAAGAACGGGAUUCCUGCUCCAGUGGGUAAAACGAGAGCCAGAUCUCCUCAACCCCAAUAGACGAGCCGAGUGGCUGGGCUUAUCAGGGGGUCUAAUCAGUCUUGCGGCCUUAGCCAUCUCCAGAGAUUUUGAUUCCCUAUACGAUGCAUGUCUCGAGGUGACCCGGGUGCUUGUGAGGUUUUGCAAGUUCACCUCAGUGAGAUCUAGGGCUGUGGAGGACGGUCCCGGUAACUGGGGCUGGGCAGUACUGGGAAUCCCGAAAGAUGACCUCGCGAAGACUCUGGACCAAUUCCAACAGAGUAUGGGCAUUCAAUCGAUGAAAAGAGCUAAGGUGGGAGUGACGGGAGCUGGGUGGAGCACCAUCAUCGGCCCUCCGUCAGUUUUGGAGCUGUUCAUCAAGCAAUGCCCGACCGUAAAGAGUCUUGCAAAGAAUCCGUUGGAUAUCCAUGCCCUCCAACACACCCUCAACAUUUCGCAGGAAGACCUUGAUUACAUGGUUGGAAACAACUCGACCUUUUUAAGCAAACCGCUUGCUUGCUCAAACCAUCGCAUCUGGGGCCUGGACGAUCCUGAAGCCACUUACACCAACUGGGGAGAUCUACUUAGAGCAGUCUGCUCCCAAGUCUUAUCCCGUCCUUUGGACAUUACACAAGUUUUUAGCAAACUCAACGCCAAGCUUGCUGGGAAUGAUGUUGUCAGAGUGAUCCAAAUGGGGUCCAGCAGUCACGCAAGUUACUUGGCUGCUACUUUGAAGGCAGCGCGAAGGGAUGUUCUGGUCCAAGAUGAACGGCUUCUUCUACAUGGGGAUGAUGGGGAAGUGUUGUCACCACCGGCUGGCCGCAUUGCCAUUGUCGGAAUGGCUGGGCGAGGGCCAGGAUGCGACAACGUCGACGAAUUCUGGGACCUCAUCAUAUCCAAACAAGACCUCUGCCAAGAAGUUCCUAAGGAUCGCUUUGACAUAGACGAUUACUUUUGUCCAGAGCACAAGAAUGAUGACAGAAAGUGCACUAUGACUGGAAAAUUCGGUUGCUUUAUGAACAAGCCGGGUAAUUUCGACUCUCGUUUCUUCCACAUAUCGCCCAGAGAAGCAAUACAGAUGGAUCCAGGCCAUAGGCAAUUUCUCAUGAGUACCUACGAGGCCUUGGAAAUGGCCGGCUACUCAGACGGCCAAACCAGGACGACAGAUCCCCACCGCAUUGCUGCGUUCUACGGCCAGUGUAAUGAUGACUGGCACGAGACUGCACACGCCGCUCUCGGAUGCGAUGCGUAUACAUUGCAAGGGAUUCAGCGUGCAUUUGGUCCUGGACGUCUUGCAUGGCAAUUCAAGUGGGAGGGCCCGACCUACUCGCUCGACUCUGCAUGCGCAUCAACCACGUCCGCCAUCCACCUAGCCUGUAUGAGCCUGUUGUCAAAGGAUAUCGACAUGGCCGUUUCGGGCGCUGGCAACAUUCUGAGUACCCCUCACUCCUUCACCUGUUGCAGCAAGGCGGGAAUAUUGUCUGAUACAGGCAACUGCAAGACUUACCGUGAUGAUGCAGACGGCUAUGCGCGAGGGGACUUUGCUGGCGCUGUGGUGCUCAAACGCCUUGAAGAUGCCGUAGCACAUAAUGACAACAUACUAGCAGUGAUAGCUUCUAGCGGAAGGAAUCAUUCUGGGAACGCGACGUCAAUUACAAAUUCUGACCCCGGGGCCCAGGAACGGCUGUUUCGAAAGGUCAUGCGUAAGGCACACGUCUCUCCAGAUGACAUUUCUUAUGUGGAAAUGCAUGGAACAGGCACGCAAACUGGGGACCCCGCCGAGAUGAGUGCCGUCACAAAUAUUUUCAAGCACAGGCAGCUCGUUGAUGAGCCUGUGGCUGUAGGAAGUUGCAAGGCAAACGUGGGUCAUAGUGAAGCCGCUGCUGGCAUGGCUGAACUGUUGAAAUGCAUUUCCAUGUUCCAGAAGGACACUAUACCACCACAAGCCGGAAUGCCACAUGCGCUCAACCCAAAGUUUCCCUCCCUCUCGGAGCAGAACAUUAUCAUUCCAUCGGAGGCUAUGCGCUUCCACAAGAAGCAGGAGCCUAGACGUAUUCUUCUCAACAAUUUCGACGCGGCAGGAGGCAAUGCUUGCAUGAUCCUGGAAGACUACGUCUCCAUUGAUAAGAAGCAUGCCGUGGAUCCUCGGUCUUGCCAUGUUAUUGCAACCUCGGCCAGAACACAGGCGUCUCACCGUGCAAACCAACGGAAAUUGGUCGAGUGGUUGCGGGAAAACCCAGCUUCCAAGAUUGAAGACGUUGCCUACACAACCACUGCGAGGAGGAUGCAUCACCCCUUCAGAUCCGCCUACGCCGCAUCUACUGUUCAAGAACUGAUCACCAAACUGAAUGCUGAAAUUGAAACAUCAGACACGACGUCAUCAGCCUUACCAUCGUCGCAGAGUUCGCCCAUCGUGUUCGUUUUCACUGGACAGGGAUCUCACUAUGCAGGAAUGGGGUGCGAGUUAUAUAAUACCAGCCCUGCGUUCCACGAGACUGUCAACCUAUGCGUGAGCAUUUGUGAACAAUACGGCUUCCCUCCUUUUCUCAGCCUUAUUGCCAGCACCAAUGUGGACAUGUCAACCAUGUCCACAGCACAGACCCAACUAGCUGUGCUGACACUAGAGAUUGGCCUUGCCGCUUUCUGGAAAUCGAUUGGCCUGCAAGCAUCCACGGUCAUGGGACAUUCAUUGGGCGAGUAUGCCGCUCUACACGUUGCCGGCGUUCUAUCGCUAGCAGACGUCUUGUAUCUGGUUGGCCAGCGAGCUCUUCUGCUUCUUGAGCGAUAUGAGGAGGGUUCCUGUGCCAUGCUUGCCGUGUCCUUGUCUGUGACAGCGGUACAAGACUUCCUAAAAUCUCGGUCACAAUAUUCCUCUUGCACUGUGGCCUGUAUCAACAGCUCAAAUGCCACUGUCAUAAGCGGCACCGCCGAUCAAAUUGACGAGCUCCGGGGAGAGUUAACGGCCCCUUCAAAGGUGCUUUCAGUACCUUUUGCCUUUCAUUCCAUGCAAAUGGACCCAAUAUUGGCCGAAUACAUUUCUCUUGCAGAGGGCGUAACGUACUCAGCCCCUAAAAUUCCGGUGGCAUCGACCCUGCUUGGAUCCAUUGUUGACACAGCCGGAACCUUUAAUGGACAAUACCUCGGACAGCAAACGCGGCAGGCAGUUAACUUUGUUGGCGCCCUUAAUGCAGUCAAGGUGGAGUUUUCUGACCCUCUUUGGGUCGAACUCGGCCCUAACCAGGUGUGCAGCUCUUUUAUCCGAGCUACCUUUCCCACGUCAUCGUCAUCUAAAAAUAUCAUGUCGACCCUCGAGGCUCCGGGGGUUUCUGGCGGGGCUUGGGGCUCUAUAUCCAAAUGCAUUACUGCAGCGUACACGCAUGGCAUUGGGGUUGACUGGCUGGCCUUUCAUGAACCUUACGAAAGAUGCUUGAACAUGUUGACAUUGCCAUCAUACGCAUGGGACAUGAAAGAAUACUGGAUCAGCUACGUUGAGCCAAAUAAAGGCACCCAUCCAUCGCUACACCCUGCCGUCCAGCCUGCCAAAACAGAAAUCAUCUCGACCUGCGCGCAAUAUGUUGUUCAAGAAUCUUUACCUCCCAACAAAGUCCAGGUGACUUUCAGCGCUUCACUUGCAGAACCGGGCUUCAACACCCUAAUUGACGGCCAUCGGAUGGAACAAAUACCAAUCGUUGCUGGAAGUGUCUUCUGCGAAGCAGCCUUUGCAGCUGUCACGUAUACCUUGAAGUCUCUUGGUCGAGAAGAGGAUGCUAAUAUCGUGAAGCUGGCCCUUCUAAGCCCAACACUAUCACGACCAUUGACCAAAAAUCUCGUUGGCUCUGAUGGAGAACUUCUCACAACUGUUGUCAUGGAGGGCCCUUCCAGCGAUAACAUCCGAGUCUCGUGGAAAGCCGCCCCUAGUUUAUCUUCAUCAGAACAUCGUACCUCCUACGAUAUCGGUAGCUGUACAGUGGUGGUUUGUAACAAUUUAAAUGGUCUACAAGCUAGCUGGGACCGAGUGUCUUAUUUUGUCAAAACCAGGAUGGACGAAAUUAUACAGACUGCCAAAGAGGGUCAUGGCCAUAGAUUCCACCCCGAUAUCUUCUACUCUAUUUUCUCCCACACGGUCGACUAUGGUCCUACUUAUAAGUCUGUCAAAGAGGCUUAUAUAUCCAAUGAUUUUUCGGAGGCUGCUGCAGAAGUUGUGCUUCCGGAAAACCCAUUUGGCACUAAAUUUAUAUUCUCUCCCUACUGGGGUGAUAGUAUUGUGCAUCUAGCAGGCUUUACGGUUAAUUCAGAUCCACGAUAUAACCAGACUGCAGCUGGGACAAGUUUCAUAAACAGUGGCUUUGAGAAGUUCGAGCAGACAGCUGCUCUCGAGGCUGGUAAAACGUAUUAUACAUUCGUCCGCGUCCUGAAAACUGGCAAGGAUACCAGAAUAUGUGAGGUUUAUGUCUUUAAUUCGGACUAUAUGCUAGUCGCCCAGUGUUUUGGCCUUCGUUUUCACCAGAUCAACAAUGGUACAUUGAGACAAACCCUUUCUGUGGGGAAAUUAAAACCACCAAGCCCACCCAACAAUAAUGAUGCACCUAAGGUGAUCCAGAAGAAAGAACCUGCCACGGUACUACAGAAGACUAUAGAGCCGCAGAAACAACAAGACGCCGAAGAAAUUACAGCUACUCCUGGGAUCGUUCGAAUCGUGCUGGAAAGCAUUGCCGAAGAGACGGGUGUUGAAAUGUCGGAGCUAACCGAUGAAACUGCAGUGGCUGACCUCGGUGUCGACUCUAUCAUGGCCAUUGAGGUAACCUCUAGAGUGACCAAUGCCACAGGUAUGGACCUCCUUCCGUCAUUCCUGAUGGAGCAUCCUACAAUUGGCGACAUACGUCGCGCGUUUGGUACAGCAUCGCCGUCCACGCCCAAUUCCGAGUCCGGCUCACUUAACGAUGACACACCGGAAUCUUCGAUCAGCUCAGAAGAUGCUACGGAGCUUGUUAAUAAUGACUUGAAAGUGGAGAAGCUCGACGUACCGGUUGGUCCAGAGGAGAUCCGCGAGACCUCAAUAGUGACGUCCCAGAAAAAGGAUCGUGAUGAUGACUCUUCUCCUGCCCCCAGAGUCAGAAUCACGUUGCUACAUGGCCGUCCAGCUAAGAAUCGUCAAGGUCAACACGCCCCGCCGCCAUUUUAUAUGAUUGCUGACGGCACGGGCACAAUUGCGAGUUACAUCCAUAUUCCUGCAUUCAUCAAUUCUCAGAUGCCAUUUUACGGAAUCGACUCACCUUUCCUCCAUUGUCCGAGUAGACUAACAGUCGAGGUGGGCAUUUCGGGCAUUGCCAAGCUUAUUGUGAAGGCGAUGGUCGAUAAACAGGCUAAAGGAGUACCCUUUUGGGUUGGAGGGUUUUCCGGUGGAGCCAUGAUUGCUUACGAGGUUUGCCGCCAAUUGUCCGCAGCUGGACACGUUGUCGAAGGUCUUCUGCUCAUCGAUAUGUGCUCUCCGCGUUCUACGAAAGUGCAUGACAACAUCGAUCUCGGGUUGGUCAUGUUCGACUCUAUAUCCAGCAAAGAUGAUAGUGGCAUCUGGAACUCAACCAACAGAACCCAUCAACACCUCAACGCGGUGUUUGCCUGCGUCGCUGAAUACAAUCCGACGCCUCUACAGGCCGGAGAGCGACCGCCAGCGGAAUACACGUCCGUCAUCUGGGCGCAGAAGGGCCACCUUGAACGAGCCCACAAUCCUCGACUUUUGCAGUUGAUGGCCGAUCAGGGUAUCCCUACUGAGGCCUAUCCUGGGUUCAUGGAGGAUCCUAAAAUGGGCGCUGUUGCGUGGAGUCUGCUCAACAAGACCAGUGCAGACCUCGGGCCUAAUGGCUGGGAAAGAUAUGUCGGGAAGGAAAAGCUCUUGUGCCUGUCUAUUCUAGCCGACCACCUCCAGAUGCCCACUCCCGGUUAUGUGCACUUGCUUGGUGAGGCUAUGGAGCAAUCUUUUUCAUACUUCAGACAAGCAGCGAAACAAUAG